AAGGAAAUACUUUAGUUCAUUCAGAGGCAAGCCAGCGUUUGUGUUGACUGCUCAGAGUCCACGAACUUGGGCUUCUGGUUCACAUCUUGACGACCCCCUGCUUCUGAGCUUUUUUUCCCCUACCCCCUCCUCUUUUUUCAGAUACCAGGUGUUUGACUUGUCUGUAGCGCCCAUGGCUUACCACAGCUUCCUGCUGGAACCAAUCAGCUGUCACGCCUGGAACAAAGACCGCACCCAGAUUGCCUUGUGUCCAAAUAACCAUGAAGUUCAUAUCUACAAGAAGGCAGGCACCAGCUGGGCAAAGAUUCAUGAAUUGAAGGAGCACGGUGGCCAGGUGACCGGGAUCGAUUGGGCCUCAGAAAGCAACCGCAUUGUGACCUGUGGCACUGAUCGUAACGCUUAUGUGUGGACCCUGAAGGGGGACGCAUGGAAGCCCACCCUGGUCAUCCUGAGGAUCAAUCGCGCUGCCCGCUGUGUCAAGUGGUCCCCCAAGGAGAACAAGUUUGCUGUGGGCAGCGGUUCCCGCCUCAUCUCCGUGUGCUACUUUGAGCAGGAAAAUGACUGGUGGGUUUGCAAGCAUAUCAAGAAGCCCAUUCGCUCCACCAUUCUGUGCCUGGACUGGCACCCAAACAAUGUUCUACUGGCAGCGGGGUCAUGUGACUUCAAGUGCAGAAUUUUCUCUGCUUACAUCAAGGAAGUGGAAGAGAAACCUGCGCCCACCUCUUGGGGCUCCAAAAUGCCCUUUGGGGAGGUGAUGUUUGAGUCCAGCGGCACUGCUGGCUGGGUCCAUGGAGUCAGCUUCUCUGACAGUGGAAACAGAGUGGCCUGGGCCAGCCAUGACAGCACACUGGCUGUGGCUGAGGGGGGCAAGGCCGCUGUAAUCGCCAGUCUGUCCUCCGCGACUCUGCCUCUCGUGUGCGUGACCUUCAUCACAGAGAACAGCAUUGUGGCAGCCGGCCAUGACUGUUACCCCGUGCUGUUUGUGUAUGAUGCUGGGAAAGGGACCAUUACUUUUGGCGGGAAACUGGACGUGCCCAAGCAGAGCGCACAGAAGGGCCUGACCGCCAGGGAGCGUUUCCAGAACCUGGACAAGACGGCCUCUGAGACCAAAGAGGCCGCACUGGAGUCGCUGCACAAAAACAGCAUCAGCCAAAUCUCAGUUCUGGAAGGUGGGAAAGUCAAGUGUGCCAAAUUCUGCACCACUGGAAUGGACGGGGGAAUGGCCAUUUGGGAUGUGAAGACCAUUGAAUCUGCAAUGAAGGACCUGAAGAUUCAGUAAAUGUUGAGUGAUGAACUGCAUAAUGAUAUGGUACUCAAUGAGCUUUUUUUUUAUACAAAUACUAUAAUAAAACAAGUGUUUUCUUCUGUCCCUUUAAUCAACCAGUGCCAAAUUGGCAUAGCAAAGCUAUUGUGCUUUCAAAAACUGAAGUUGUUACUUAAAGCGGUUUGUCAGUGAUAUGCAGGUCAUAAAAUGCUUUCUGUUUAAGUCAAAAUAUGAAUGAAUGAAUGUUCUUAUCCGUAUAAAAAAAUAAAUAAAAUGAGAUUUGAGAUCUAA